CUCUUCUAGCCUUGCCAGAAGCAACAGAGGACUAAAGAUGAAGAUCUUUUUCUUAUUCACCUUUUCCACUUUUUUUUGGUCUCCUUUUGAACAAGCAGCUGCUUCUGUUCACUAUGACAAGAUUUUAACUCACAGUCGAAUAAGGGCACGCGACCAAGGCCAAAAUGUCUGUGCCCUUCAGCAAGUUAUGGGAACAAAAAAGAAAUACUUCAGUACCUGCAGAAACUGGUACCAGGGAGCCAUCUGUGGAAAGAAAGCAACUGUGUUAUAUGAGUGCUGUCCUGGCUAUAUGAAGAUGGAUGGUAUGAGAGGAUGUCCUGCAGUUGCUCCUAUUGAUCAUGUAUAUGGCACACUUGGUAUUGUGGGAGCUACCUCCACGCAGCACUAUUGUGACAUAUCAAAGCUGAGAGGAGAGGUUGAGGGACGAGGAUCAUUCACUUUCUUUGCACCAAGCAAUGAAGCCUGGGAGCAAUUAAAUUCAGAAAUUCACAGGAAUUUGAUUGAUAAUGUAAAUAUUGAACUGUAUAACGCUCUCCACCACCACAUGGUAAACAAGCGCAUGUUGACAAAAGAUCUUAAGAAUGGCAUGACUCUGGUGUCUAUGUAUAAUGACCAGAAAUUGCUUAUUAACCAUUAUCCUAAUGGGGUUGUUACUGUUAACUGUGCCAGGGUCAUCUAUGGCAACCAGAUUGCUACCAAUGGUGUUGUUCAUGUCAUCGAUCGCGUCCUGACCGCUGUUGGAAAUACCAUUCAAGAUUUCAUUGAAGUCGAGGAUGAUCUUUCAUCUCUUAGAGCUGCUGCUAUCACAUCAGAUGUCUUGGAUAUUCUUGGAAAGCCUGGUCAUUACACGCUCUUUGCUCCUACUAAUGAAGCUUUUGAGAGACUUCCAAGGGGAGUCUUAGAAAGGAUCAUGGGUGACAAGGUGGCUUCUGAAGCUCUCGUGAAGUUCCAUAUUUUAAAUACUAUGCAGUGCUCUGAAGCCAUCACAGGUGGAGCUGCCUAUGAAACCUUGGAAGGAAACACAGUUGAAGUUGGUUGUGAUGGUGAAAGUCUGACUGUGAAUGGAGUGAAGAUGGUGAAACGCAAAGAUAUUGUGACAAGCAAUGGCGUUAUCCACCUCAUUGAUGAAGUGCUAAUUCCUGAUUCCGCCAAGCAAGUCAUUGAGCUUGGGGGUGCCCAGCAGACUACUUUUACAGACCUCAUGAUACAAUUAGGACUGGCAUCUUCUCUAAGACCAGAAGGCCAAUACACUCUCCUGGUACCUCUGAAUGGUGCUUUCUCAGAUGACACCUUAAGGAUGGAUCAACGCCGCCUUAAAACGAUCCUGCAGAAUCACAUUAUAAAUGUGAAAGUUGGGCUCAAUGAACUGUACAAUGGACAAGAGCUGGAGACAAUUGGAGGAAAACUGCUUAGAGUGUUUUUGUAUCGCACAGCUGUAUGUAUUGAAAAUUCAUGCAUGGUCAGAGGAAGUAAAGAAGGAAGGAACGGUUUUAUUCACAUCUUGAGACAGAUCAUCAAUCCAGCAGAAAAGACAUUACAUGAAAUGCUGAGAAAUGAUAAGCGGUUUAGUGUUUUCCUCAGUCUGGUGAAAGCUGCAGAUUUAGAUGAUGUUUUGUCACAGCCUGGAAAAUGGACUCUGUUUGUUCCAACUAACGAUGCCUUUAAAGGUUUGACUGAUGAUGAUAAGGAUAUAUUGAUAAGAGACAAAAAUGCUCUCAGGAAUAUUCUUCUUUACCACUUGACACAAGGAGUUUUCAUUGGAAGUGGCUUUGAGCCUGGUGUGACAAACAUUCUCAAAACCAUCCAAGGAGGGAAACUCUACUUGAAAACAGUGAAUGAUACUCUUCUCGUUAAUGAACUGAAAUCAAGAGAAUCUGAUCUCAUGGCAACCAAUGGUGUCAUUCAUGUUAUUGAUAAACUCCUAUAUCCAGCAGAUCUGCCUGUUGGAAAUGAUCAGUUGCUCACAAUCCUGAAGAAGUUGAUUAAGUACAUUCAAAUUAAGUUUGUUCGUGGCAGUGCCUUCAAAGAGAUUCCACUGACGUUUUACAACCCAUCUAUCACACAGCUCACUAAGUUAAUUGAAGGGGAACCUGAGUUCAAAAUAGUCAGGGAAGGGGAGACAAUAACUAAAGUGAUUCAUGGAGAACCAAUUAUUAAAACAUACACCAAAAUAAUUGAUGGGCGACCUGUGGAAGUGACAGAGAAAAAAGUAACAGAAGAAAGAAUUAUUCAAGGUCCUGAAAUAAAAUAUACCAGAAUUACUGCAGGUGGUUCAGACAAUGAAGAAAAGUUAAAGAAAUUGCUUGAAGACGAGGUUACCAAGGUGACCAAAUUUAUUGAAGGUGAUGGUCAUUUGCUUGAAGAUGAAGAAAUCAAAAGACUUCUGCAGGGAGCUGGAACUGAGUACACCAAGGUUACUAAAGUAAUUGAGGGAGAGCCACAGAUUAUCGAGAGAGAAAUCAAGAAAGUCCAUCUGGAAGAAGCACCUGUACGGAAAGAACAACCAACCAGGAGGACACAAGGGGGAACAGCAAGAAGGAGGACAAGACUAGCUUAUCCCUAAAAGCUUUCCAAGCUAGAAUCCACAGAAUUACAAAUUAACAGCAUGGUCUUUGAGAGGAAAAGAAACUUU